CAAGACCAGGCCGCGCAAACUGCUGGGAGACGUGCCAUUGCCUGCACUUUCGUUGCUGCAACCAUCCCUGUCAUCUCUUGUCCACGUUAACUGUCGUCUUCUUCUCUGCUGCCGUUCUGCAACCACCGCAGCAUUGACAACAACAGCUAAGUGGUGGAUUCUGGCUGGGACUUGGGCUUGGGAGUCCGGGAAGGCGCCUGGCGCGGACAGAACCUCGGAGCCCGCCAUCUCUCUCUAGCCAUCACUACUGCAAUCACCCCCUCCCAGAAGGAGGAGAGAGUACUAGAGAGAGGCACUCUCUGUCUCAGUUCCCAGUCAGUUAGCUUGUUGCUGACAAAAUCUGAAGACGGGAGAACGGACAUAGUCUCUCAGACCGCGAAAAAAUUUCUCCGACUGGGUCGACUGUAGUGUCGACUGUUUGCCAGCUUCAUAAGCAAAGGGCAGCUUUGCUUCGGCCACCUAAGCCUUGAGCCAUGUCUCCUCCGACCGUGCCUCCUACUGGGGUGGAUGGCGUGUCCGCCUACCUGAUGAAGAAAAGGCACACUCACAAGAAGCAGCGGCGUAAGCCCACUUUCCUCACUCACAGGAACAUCGUUGGCUGCCGCAUUCAGCACGGCUGGAAAGAAGGCAAUGAGCCAGUGGAGCAAUGGAAGGGCACUGUGCUCGAGCAGGUUUCCGUGAAGCCCACUCUCUAUAUAAUUAAAUAUGAUGGCAAAGACAGUGUGUACGGACUAGAACUGCACCGAGACAAGAGAGUUUUAGCUCUCGAAGUUCUUCCCGAGAGAGUUCCUUCUCCUCGCAUCGAUUCCCGCCUGGCAGAUUCCCUGGUUGGGAAAGCAGUGGGACACGUGUUCGAAGGUGAGCACGGCAAGAAAGAUGAGUGGAAGGGCAUGGUGUUGGCACGAGCUCCCAUAAUGGACACUUGGUUUUACAUCACCUACGAGAAAGAUCCGGUCCUCUAUAUGUACACCUUGCUGGAUGACUACAAAGAUGGUGACCUGCGUAUCAUUCCAGACUCCAACUACUACUUCCCGACAGCAGAACAGGAGCCUGGGGAGGUGCUCGACAGUCUUGUGGGCAAGCAGGUGGAGCACGCCAAAGACGACGGAUCCAAGAGAACUGGCAUCUUUAUCCAUCAGGUGGUGGCCAAGCCGUCUGUCUACUUCAUCAAGUUUGACGAUGAUAUUCACAUUUAUGUCUAUGGUUUGGUGAAAACCCCAUAAGCUUAUAGUGAACUGGUGGAACUAUUAGAGGUAAAAUAUUGGAUGUUCUCAAAAUUAUGUGUUUUGAGAACAAUUUUGAGGUCAAAAGUUCAGGACGGUUGGUAAAUCUUAUUGUGCCUCUGUAUCUUAUAUUGACUCUUGCUCAGUUUUGAAUCGUGUGUAUGUUAGUACUUUCAUUGUUUAUUUGUUUUGUAAUUGAAAAUUUAAAUUGGUUGCUAAGAAAAAACGUUAAAAAGUGUUGGUUGCUAAGAAAAAACGUUAAAAAGUGUUUGAAUCCACUGGCACGAUUCAAAAGUAGAUAAACUGUGCAACGUGUCUCCGUCCCCUCUGUUGAUUUUUCCAGGUUAGUUUGAGAACUUGAUUUUAUCUUAGGCUGUUUUCCCUACUCUCAGAGAGAAAGUUCAAUGUAGCUUUUGUAAGAUUCACCAGCCGAUGACAGACCUUCUGAUCAAUAGCACAGUUGGUCUCUGCCUCUCAGCCUGACACUUCCUCUCACAACUGUGUACACAGUAAUACAGAUUUGCCAAAACGUAUUCAUUCUGUUGUUGGUGAUUAUUUCUUUCCUUUUUGUCUUGUAUUGCUGUUUUAUUGUAUUCAGGUGCUCUUAUUUCUAUGGAAGUGUUAUACAUACAUACAUACAUACACACAUACAUACACACACACAUAUAUAUAUACAUAUAUAUAUAGUUUUAAGAAAUAUUACAAGGUUGGUGUUCACUGGUCUUUAAUGUUUGAAAAGCUGACUGGUAAAAAGUUCCAUGAUUUUCCUGAUUGGUUUGUUUGGUGUUUACCUGACUCAAUGAGAUUUAUUUUUCUACUUGGGAUAUUUCUCUUUUGUGUUUUGCUAAUUCUUAUCCUUUGUUCUUUUAGCUGUUCAACUGAUAUAUUUUCAU